UCAUUAUGCCUCUCAUGUUGUAUAUUCAGUUCUAAUCUUGUCUCUUAUUUUUGUACAAAACCUCUUCAAUCAUUAAUCAACUGAGGAAGAUAUUUAUCCAGUCUUCUAGAAAGUGCUUUACAAAGUAUUUUUGUGUCACCUACCGUAAAACUUUGGUCUUGUAAGAUUCAGUUUUGUUUUAAUAUUAAAGUUAUUAAGCUAAUCUUAAUGAAGCUGGCAACGUUCCUAUAGUUCCUCAUACAUGUCAAGAUUUGGUUUGUGUCAAGACAAUCUGUCUGUUAAAUGUUUUGUAGAACUUUAAUAGCAACCCAUCUGGUCCAGGUGCUUUACUGCUACAAAGAUCCCCUAUAGCCUCACUUAGGUCUUCUGUUGUUAAUGGGCUGUCUUGUGCUUAUUUCUCAUUCUCUGAUAUAGUCUAAAAUUGCAACUGUACAAAAAAAAAUGCAUUUCUAUUAAGCCCUGAUUUGUAAAGCAGUUCAUAAAACUCUCUACAAUCUAAAUGAGCCUGAGUGAUACUAAUAUUUCCUUUCAUUUGGCUUCAGUAUUAUCCAAACUUCAAGUAAUCUUAGAUCCUUCUGGAUCUGUCCAAUACUGGGUUGAUGGAAUGAUCAAAAUCUCCCCUGAUAAUAUUAGGAUGUUUUUUUUUAAAAUAUACAAUCAUCAGGACCAUACUUGCAUAGCUUUUGUGACAAAAUAAUAAGAAUAACCUUCCAGAUGGAUCUUGGAUGUUUUUUGUAUUUUUUUUUAUAUUAUUGAUUUAUGAAGGAGGAUUAAUACACCCCUUGCACGAGGAUUAAAAAUAGCAUUAAAUACAUGGCCUGGUCAUAUUUAAAAGACUAUUUUAGAUGAGAGGUAUUGUUUAUCUUAUUUAACACCUAACAGUUUGCCCACUUUUCUCAUUGUAGUUUUAAUCUCCAGAUGACAUUUCUGUGUUUUUUGCAUGAUGAAUGAUUAUCUUAGCAUAUUAUAGAAUUAUGGAAUAACUCGCUUUCUCUAUUUUUUAUUUAAUUAAUAUUAAUUAAUGUCGUAUCAGGACACGUCAUUGUCAUGCUGCUCUUCCAUUGGCUCCAACACUAUUUUGGCGCGAGCUGAGAAAGAACGAGACACACCAGAGGCUGCUACACACACACACUCUCUCUCUCUCUCUCACACACACUCACAGGUUGGGAUUUUAAUUCAUCGUGAAAAUGAUCGGACAAAAAAGCAUCAAGUCAUUUUUCUUACCCACCAACAAGAAAAGAGACUUCCACGAGCUGACCGGAUGCGAGGACGCGUGUGAUGUGAAGAAACUGAAAGCUGAGAGUGAUGUCCUUCUGAGUCCCGAGCAGCUGGACCGGAUCGCCCGGAGCAAGGCGGCGGCACUUGAGCGUCUGUCCUCCCGCCGCGGGCCUGUGGGAGUCGGGGAGAGCUGGAGGAGAGCGCUGGGGGCAGAGUUCAACAAGCCCUACUUCACAUCGUUGAUGAACUUCGUGGAUGGUGAGAGGCAGAAGCACACCGUGUAUCCUCCUCAGGAGCAGGUCUUCACAUGGACACAGAUGUGCCAGAUUGAAGAUGUGAAGGUGGUUGUUCUGGGUCAGGAUCCCUAUCACGGACCAAAUCAGGCUCAUGGCUUGUGUUUCAGUGUGCAGAGGCCUGUUCCUCCUCCUCCCAGCUUGGUGAACAUGUAUAAAGAACUGGAGUCUGACAUCGAAGGCUUUCAGCAUCCUGGCCACGGUGAUCUGACAGGAUGGGCAAAGCAAGGUGUUUUGCUGCUGAACGCUGUGUUAACUGUGCGAGCUCAUCAGGCCAACUCGCACAAAGAUAAAGGAUGGGAGACUUUCACGGACGCAGUGGUGCAGUGGCUGAGCGCGAACCAGGAGGGUCUGGUCUUCAUGCUGUGGGGCGCGUACGCUCAGAAGAAAGGGGCUGCGAUUGAUAGAAAACGACACCACGUCCUGCAGACCGUUCACCCGUCCCCUCUUUCUGCACACCGGGGCUUCUUCGGAUGCAAACAUUUCUCAAAGACCAACGAUCUGCUGCUGAAAUCCGGGAAGAAGCCCAUCGACUGGAAAGCACUGUGAGCUCAGCGAGAGCAGACGACGAUUAAGCUGAAAGUUCAGUUCGGAGUUCUACUAUUUCACACUGGACUGUUUCUCCAGAUCUUCCUCUGUUGUUGUUGUUUUUUCCUCCUAGAAAGAAAAUGUGUUCACAUGAAACAGCAUUUUCAGAUGUAGGUUCAGAUAGUUGAAUGCUGUCUUCUUUCCAUGUCUGUCCCUGAAAACACAGUCUAGUGACUGUGGGAGGUGUUUCUAAUUUUCUGCUGAACUACUACUUCAUACAUUUGCACUUUUUCCAAAAACUUGUUCAUUUUAAAAAGGUUUUCUUAAUAAACUUUAUAAAAGAA